AAGAACAAGGCAGCCCGUCAUCGCCCAAAACUCGCUCUUGCCGAACCAGAGGAUAACGUGUCAGCCGCUGAUCCAAACCAACGGAACGUUAUCAGCCACCAGCGGUAGCGGCCACGGGCCGCACCCAAUCCACUCUCUUCCGGACUCCGGUCACUCUUCGGCAAGAAGAGGUAAGGGGUGAGUGAGUCACACGCGACGCCGUGCACGGUUUUAAGCGGACUUCCUUUCUUGUGGCGGGGACUGCUUCUUCCUGCUUCCGCUCCUGCCCUCUUCCUCCUUCUCCAACGCCGAGGAAAGCGAACCUUUCUCUCUGUCUCUCUCAGUUACGGAUGGAUAGCUUCCUCUUCACUUCGGAGUCUGUCAACGAGGGCCACCCCGACAAGCUCUGCGACCAGGUCUCCGAUGCCAUACUUGAUGCCUGCUUGGAACAGGACCCUGAAAGCAAGGUCGCUUGUGAGACCUGCACCAAGACCAACAUGGUGAUGGUGUUUGGCGAGAUCACCACCAAGGCCCAGGUAAACUACGAGAAGAUUGUUCGUGACACUUGCCGAGACAUCGGUUUCGUCACCGCCGACGUUGGCCUCGACGCCGACCGCUGCAAGGUCCUUGUUAACAUCGAGGAGCAGAGCCCCGACAUAGCCCAGGGAGUGCACGGGCACUUCACGAAGAAGCCCGAGGAAAUCGGCGCCGGCGACCAAGGCCACAUGUUCGGCUACGCCACGGACGAGACGCCGGAGCUGAUGCCCCUCACCCACGUCCUGGCCACCAAGCUCGGCGCCAAGCUCACGGAGGUGCGCAAGAACCAGACGUGUCCGUGGGUCAGGCCCGACGGGAAGACUCAGGUGACCGUCGAGUACCGGAAAGAAGGCGGCGCGAUGGUGCCCGUGCGGGUGCACACCGUGCUCAUCUCCACCCAGCACGACGAGUCUGUGACCAACGAGCAGAUCGCCAUGGACCUGAAAGAGCAUGUCAUCAAGCCGGUCAUCCCCGCCAAGUACAUCGACGACAGGACCAUAUUCCACUUGAACCCGUCGGGUCGCUUCGUCAUCGGCGGGCCUCAAGGCGACGCAGGGCUGACCGGCAGGAAGAUCAUAAUCGACACCUACGGCGGCUGGGGAGCCCAUGGCGGCGGCGCCUUCUCAGGGAAGGAUCCGACCAAGGUGGACCGCAGCGGCGCUUACAUCGCGAGGCAGGCCGCGAAGAGCGUGGUGGCUUCUGGACUUGCUCGGAGGUGCAUCGUUCAGAUUUCCUACGCCAUCGGCGUGCCGGAGCCGCUGUCGGUGUUCGUGGACAGUUACAGAACGGGGAAGAUACCUGACAAAGAGAUACUGGCGUUGAUCAAAGAAAGCUUCGAUUUCAGGCCGGGGAUGAUCGCGAUCAACCUCGACUUGAAGAGGGGCGGCAACUUGAGGUACCAGAAAACUGCAGCCUAUGGCCAUUUUGGCCGCGACGAUCCUGACUUCACAUGGGAGAAAGUCAAGGUUCUGAAAGCGAACUAAGGCUCGAGCCACCAAGCAUCAAUCUGAUGCUCGCAUUUCAACUCCACCAGUCUGGAUUCUUCCCAGUUACGAGCUCUAGCAGACCAUGUUGUUGCUUUUAGUCUUCUUCUCUCUGUGAUCCAUUGCCUCUGCUUCCAUCGAUGUCGAGGACGUCGCUUUUGUCUUUGUUAUCAUUCUGCACCAGGAUGAAAGCAUUCUCCCGUUCAUUUGAAUGUGCAGAAUGAAGCACCUGAUGCGUCC